AAAUGAAAUAAUAAAGUUCAUAAGACAUUUUCUACACCUGUUUUUGUUUAAUUCUAAGAACAUGUUGUAACAAAUCUGCUGGAAUUCAAUCAAUGACAGUCAAUAAUCGACUAAUUGCAUCUGUGAUUAUUGAAAAAAACAUAUUUCCAGUUCUGAGCUUUAUGACAUUGACAAUCAGUUUAAAAGAAACGACUUGUCUAAGACAUGGCUAUUGCAAAACUGUUUCUUUGCCUUACGACACUGGUCAUUCUGGCGGCCAUUCCGGCCUCUUGCGCCCCUCAACUCUGGAACUUUGGAUGGCCCAGUAGUCAGCAAGAAUCCAUUCCACGUCUUCCAGCCAGAGCAUUCAUGCCGGCUGAAGCUGGACCUAACAGCAGGCCUCUAUCUUUUAUGCCGAGUCCGUUGUCACCAUCAGUGCCAAUGCCAACAGUCGCAGCUUCACCACAACGACAAGUUCCUGUUGCGCAACAACCACGAAAAUUGGAGAAACAAGACACGGUCCCCGAAUCCCGUCUCUUCAUCGGACCGACCACGCCUGUCUCCAUCACCAAACAGGAUGAAGUAGUGGUGACAACAACAGCUAACCCUGUUCCUGUGGUUACUACCCCCGAGUUGAGCCAACCGAUCGAUGCGGUGAAGACAGCAUCGACGACAGCAGCAGUGCCAAGAGUUGUCGUCACAACGAUUCCACCACCUACUGCUGCUAAUGCGGUCACAGAAUUGUUUAGCGAACAAAAUCUGAUGGAUUUCAUCCCAGCCGGAGUUGCUGCUUUGGGAGCUGCUUUGGGACGUGACGGAUGCUAUCUGAAAGCUGCGUGUCUUGCAGGAAGACUAGUUCCAGCAUCCCUGCACGGACAGGGCAUGAUGUUGCUAGCUGCCGAAUCUCUGGUUCCUGCCCAAUGGAAAGAAGUCUUCCGGGCUGCCAAAUCCAGCAUGAUGGACAGAAAAUCACAAGACUGCAGCAGUUUCACUUGUUUUUAAGCAAAAAAUAAUCUUUCAUUGAUUUCAAUUCAAUUAUUUAAUUAUUUAACUUUGAAAAACAAUGA